CACGCUCCUUCUCCAGCUUCACAGUUUCCACCACUAUAAACCAUGCCGUCAGGGGCUGAACCAUCACUUCCAUCGCCAGUAUCACCGCAGUCUCCGCCGUCCCAAGAAACACCACCGGUAUCACCUCCACCGCCACUGAAAAUCACCCGUACAAAAACACCAGCCGGAAUACUCUUAGGUAAGUACCAAUUGGGUCGUUUGUUGGGUCGUGGAAGCUUCGCAAAAGUACACGAAGCAUCUUCACUCGAGGACGACAACACCAUCGUGGCCGUCAAGAUCAUAGACAAGACGAAAACGGUCGAUGCGGCGAUGGAACCGAGAAUAAUCAGGGAAGUUUCCGCCAUGCGCCGCCUACAACACCACCCGAACAUCCUGAAAAUCCACGAAGUCAUGGCCACAAAGACGAAGAUCUACCUUGUCAUGGAACUAGCCUCCGGAGGUGAACUUUUCUCCAAGGUCUUACGCUGCGGCCGCUUGGCUGAACCCGCCGCUCGUCGCUAUUUCUCCCAACUGAUCUCCGCCCUCCAUUUCUGUCACGAAAACGGCGUUGCACACCGCGAUGUAAAGCCACAAAACCUCUUACUAGACCAAAACGGAAACCUCAAAGUUUCAGACUUUGGUCUGUCCGCUCUACCUGAACAACUAAACGACGGACUUUUACACACAGCUUGCGGAACACCGGCUUAUACAGCUCCCGAGGUUGUUCGGAGAAAAGGCUACGACGGUUCCAAGGCGGACGCUUGGUCAUGCGGGGUAAUUUUGUUUGUUUUGUUGGCAGGCUAUUUACCCUUUGAUGACGGUAACUUGGUCUCCAUGUACAAAAAGAUCCAGCGUAGGGAGUUUCAGUUUCCGGCAUGGAUAUCAAAGCCAGCAAAGGCUAUAAUAUGGCAGCUUCUUGACCCGAAUCCGGUGACCCGAAUGAGCUUAACAAGGUUAAUGGAAACUUCAUGGUUCAAGAGAACUUUAACGAAAUCAUCAUCAAACAGUCAGCUGGAGAGUCUGUUACACGACAGGAAGUUAAAACAUGAAAUGAUAUGUAACGGGGUUAACGCUUUCGACAUAAUAUCGUUGUCGUCGGGGUUGGAUUUGUCGGGGCUAUUCAAAGGGGGGAAUGAUACGAGGAAGGAGAAGAGGUAUAUCACUAGUUCGAUGGAGUUUGAUGGGGUGAUGGAGAGGAUUAGGGAAGUUGGGGAUAGAUUGGGGUAUAGAGUGGAGGAAGGGAAGAGAGGGGUUGUAGGAUUGGGGAGAGGGAGGGUGGUGGUGGUGGUGGAGGUGGUGCAGGUGGCGGACUUGUUUGUUUUGGUGGAGGUGAAGGCGGUGGAAGGCGGUGGUGGUGGGGUUGAGAUUGAGGAAGAGCAGUGGAUUGAUCUUGAAGCUGGACUUGGAAACAUUUUUGUUUCUUGGGAUAGUACUGCUCUAGCAUAAUGGUUCUGAAUCGGUGUAAAUGAUGUCAAACAAUACUG